AUGAAUGUUCUUAUACUAGGUAUGGGGGGUGUUGGAAUCAUUGCAGCAUAUGGGUUAGAAUAUGGAGGUAAAUCAACAGUGACGUCUAUUGUUAGGUCAAAUUAUGUUACCUUGAAACAAAAAGGUUAUAAGUUAAGUUCCGUCGACUACGGGAUUAUUGAGAACUAUAAACCAGCAAACAUGGUCAGCUCAGUUGAAGAAGCAGUAUCUUAUGGCCCAUUUCAAUUUAUAGUUGUGACCACCAAAAACAUACCGGAGAUAUGUAAAAUUGAAGAUCUCAUUGAGAAAGUAGUAGAGCCAAAACUAACAACAAUAGUUCUAAUUCAAAAUGGGAUUGGUAUUGAAAAGCCACUUUUGAAGAAAUUUUCCCAAAAUGUAGUUUUGAGUGGAGUAUCUAUGAUAAGUUCGACAUUAUACAACGGAGAAGUUAAUCAUGAAGGACUGGAUUCAUUAGGAAUUGGUUAUUUUAAAAAUUUGCAAUUAGAAGACCUGUUUCAGGAAAUAACCGCGAGGUCUUUUAUUGACCUAUAUAAUAAUGGAAAAAAUUAUUGCUUUUACCAAGAAGAUGUGAACUAUGGAAGAUGGAAAAAACUUGUUUACAACGCAUCUCUCAAUGCGACCUGUGCUUUAACAAAUUGUGACGUAGGUCGUUUAGAAUUAUUUGGUGUUACAGAAAGUGUUAUUCGACCAGCAAUGAAAGAAAUAAUAGAAAUUGCCAAAAGCGAGGGCGUUUUUUUGCCUGACGGAAUUGAUGAUGAUAUGAUUCGCUGUGAUGAAAAAAAUUGGUAUUUACCUUCCAUGGGUGUUGAUUUACGCAAAGGGAACUUGAUGGAAUUGGAGACCAUUUUAGGUAACUGCUUGCAAAUUGCUAGGUCUCAUAAAGUUCAAACUAUCACUUUAAAAAUCUUAUAUUCUCUAUUGAAGAGCAUUCAACUAAGGUUAAUGGAAGAAAAGAAUUUGCUUAAGUUGCCGAAAGAAAGACCAAUUCCUGGCGAAGAAGCAUUUAAAUACUUUUAA